AUGAUUGAAACAAUUGAAGACAUUAUAGAUUUUCAUAGUACCAAUGAAAAGAGUAAAUUGUUGGCAACUACCAAGACAUUGGAGAUUAUAUUGAAUGCAUUGGGUAAAUGGAAAUGUACAAACUCAUCAAUUGUAUCAGUCUCUGCUGCAACAGGUGAUGAUUCAUCAGCAGGUCAAACACCACCAAUCUUAUCAACUGAUGAUGCAGCUUCAACCAAAUCAUCAUCGGAAUCAUCUUCAACCGAUAGAUUAUCACCUUCUAUUAGUAGAACAACCAACAACAACAACAGUGAUUCAACAGUACCAAUUCAACUUGCCAACAUCCUUUGCGAGAUUGUAAAGGAAAAUACUGAUUUAAUUCUACCCAUCCUGUCACAAUUCUAUGAAACGAUCAGUUAUCUCAUUAUCAAUAAUCCAUCACCAUCUGGAACACCUCCAUCUUCUCCACCACGUGGUCCAAACGCCGACCCAACCGAUGUCAUCAAUACAGCCAUCUUUACCAUGUUUGGUAACAUUUGUUUCCUCUUUCCAAAGAAUCAAAAUCUCCUAUCUCAAUCGAUCCCCCAUGUAUUGGAUAUUGCCAAAAAGAGUACACUCGUUCAAUCAAUAGUCUAUUCUACCCUUGCAUCUGAAGCUGUAAAUCAACCAAACAUUCUAACUCCUUUUAUUAAACAAUUAAUUAAUCAUGCAAGUUAUUAUCCAAAUUAUUUUUCAAUUUUAGGAGGAUUAUGUCAAUAUGAUAAAAAGGAAUUUGAAUCAAACAUUGUAUUAUUGGUUGAGAGUUUUGAAAAGGUACCGGAAGCAAGAGCUAGUAUCAUGGAGAUUAUUGGUCACAUGUCCAAGAAUUCGGCAUCAGUGUUGGCAAUCAUCCCUUAUUUGGCCAGACUAAAGGUUGCACUGACUCUUGAAUCGUUGGCUAGCCAUAUGGCUAUCAUCCUCAAAUGUGUAGCAUCGAGAUAUCCACAUAUUUUGGAUUCACUCUUGUUGGAUGAUGUCAUCGAAUCGAUCAAUAAGUUCCCAGUAGCCAAAUACUCGUUGAUUGAAGUGGUUGGUAUGUGUAGUGCCUCGCAUACUAACCGUGCCUACCAGUACCUAGUCACCAUGCUACAAAAGCAACAACGUCAAUCUAUCAGUAACGAUUCUAAUUCCAUCGUUGCUAUUCUCAAGGGUCUCAGAUCUAUCCAAAGAACUACACCAGACUUGCUCACCUCGGUAGAACCAUUCCAAAGAUUUGUUGCUCAUCCUUCAGCAAGCGACAAUGACCAAAUAUCAGAGUUUAUCGUAACAAUGGCACAAGAAAUCAUAGACAAUAUUCAAAACUAUAACAAUAGAGAGAAUAUGAUCAGUCCACUUCCAAGUCUUGCCAAUGGUAACAAUGUCACCACUGGUAUAGAUGUCCGAGUCGGUCAAUGUUUGGUUGAAUUGGAAAAAGUUGAUACAACUGCCACAAUCAAUGAUAAAUAUCUAUUGGAAACUUAUUAUUCUAUCAUUUUGGAAACAUUAUCAUUCAUUCCAAUUCCAAGUCAUUGUGAUAUUAUUAAAAAAGAAAUUAAAUUAUCAACACCAAUCAAACAAUCAACAACAACAACAACCACAACAACAGAUGUAAUAGUAGUAGAAGAAAAGACGAAGGAGGAUGAUACAGUUACCACUCAACCAGAAGAACCAAUUAAAAAAGAAGAAGAGACGGAAAAGAAAGAGUUGGUAGAAGAAAAUAAACCAAAAGAAGAAGAGGAAAAGAAAAAAGAAGAAGAAGAAUCAACUACCACUCAACAACAACAACAAGAUGUAGUCGAAAAAAUUGUAACAAUAACUAUAUAUACAUUAUCAUUUACAUUUGGUCAUGAAACAAUUGAAUUAUUGGUUCAAGAUGAAAAUGAAAUUCAAGUUUGGAAAAAUAUCAAUCGUUUAUUAUCAAUUGUCAAUUUGAAACCAUUCCUAAAGGUUGAUCAACAAGAUCAGCAACAACAACAACAACAAGGUGACUCCAAGUCAAUUAUAUCAUUUGUAACAUUCAAAGAUAUCCAAGAGAUUCACAAACAAUUGGAAUCAUUGUUGGAAAAGACCUCACUCUCACCAAGAUGUGCAGCUUCACCUGUUGGUGCAUCGGCCAGAGUCAAUCAAUUGGCUCAAGAUCCAGCAAUCCCUCUAAUUCGUAUCAAUAGUGUUAGAAACAACAACAAUGGUGAGGACGACGAUGACGAUGAUUUGGUACUUCCAACUCAAAAUGGAACUCGUUUAAAUGUCGGUCCAUACGAACAACAACAACCUAUUCUUUUACACCAAGGAAGAUUAUUUAAGAAAUCAAAAUACCUAAAGAGAGACGAUGCCUAUUGGUUUGAAUUGUAUCCAACCUUUUUAAUUGGUAAAAAGGAAAAGACUGAAAAGGAAAAGGACAAGGAAAACAGAGACAACAACAAGGGUCACCCAACCCUUGGUACCUCUUCAUCAUCCAGUUCGUUGGCAUCGGCAACCACCACCACGUCUACCACUCCACUACACGAAGAAGAGAUCAAAAUUGUCAUCAAAGAGAUUAGAGAGAUUAAAAUGGUUGAAGGUGAAAACAAAAAGAUGGGUAUAUUCAAGAGUAAACCAAAUCCACACAAGGAACAAAAGACAUUUUGCAUUACAACGGCAAAGCGAAAAUUUUUAUUCAAGGCAAUUGGUUCAGAGGAAAAGGCAGUCUGGAUCAACAAAAUCAAACAACUUUACCAACAACUCGUUUAUCGUCAUCAUCACAACAAUGGAGAAUUUAAUUUUAAUCAACUCGAUCUAACCAUUCCAGUAAAUAACGUCACUGGAAAGGAAAAAGAUCCAAACUCUCCCCAACAACAACAACAGCAUCUUCAACCACAAAAGAGUCCAGUAUUGGAAUCAACAAAUCCAUCUAUCGUAAAGUCAACCUCUGCUCCAACCAGUCCAGUGAGCAGUGAACCAACAUCACCAAGAAAGAAAAAGAAAUUAAUGCGUAGAUUUACUCAAUACCUUCCAAAAAUGAAGAAUUAA